AACCAUCUUCGCCAACUUCACGUUUGACCUCUGCAUCCGAGCAAUUGAUUUCACGAGUAGACCAGAGCCCGCGCGUCUACUUAUAUAGACGCCGUGGCGCACCGUCCAGUUACUCACUCGCUCUACAUCACACCACACACAGCCGGCAAACAGACGACAUCGGUCAUCCAGACUCGCAGCAAUGCCAUAUCGCGUGGAACUAGCCAAGCAAGGCCGUGCCGGCUGCAAGAACAAGGAAUGCAAGGACGCCGGCGUCAAGAUUGAAAAGGGCGAGUUCCGCUAUGGAAGCCUUGUCACCAUCCACGAACAUACCAGCUGGGCCUACAAGCACUGGGGAUGCGUUACGCCCGCCCAGAUAGCAAAUCUCAUUGAGGAGUCUGAAGGCGACACUGACAUGGUGGAUGGGUUCGAUGAGCUCCCUCUAGAGUACCAGAAGAAGGUCGAAUUCGCCCUCCAGCAUGGCCACGUUCCGGAUGAAGACUGGAAGGGCGAUGUCGAAUGCAACCGACCGGGCAUGAAGGGCUUCCGGGUGAAGGUCAAGACGCCCAAAAAGAAGAAAGGCAAGAAGGCUGACGACGAGGAUGCCGAUAUUGAAGAGGCCAAGCCGAAGAAGAAGCGUGGACGUGCCGUCAAAGAGGAAGACGAAGGUGAGGUGCCCGCCCAAAAGAAGGCCAGGAGCAAAGCCAAGGCUACCGUCAAGGAGGAAGAUGAAGCGCCCGCUCCAAGGAAGGCCAGGGGUAAGGCCAAGAAGGCCAUCGUCGAGGAAGAGGAGGCUCCAGAGAGCGAAGUCGAAGCACCCGAGCCGAAAGCUAAGAAAGGACGAGGCAGGAAGGCCGCCGUCAAGAAGGUAGUCAGCGAGGAGGAAGCUGAGUCAGAAGUCGAAGUCGAAGCUCCAAAGCCGAAGCGUGGCAGGAAGAAGGCGGCCGCGGCCAACACCGAGGAGAAGUCUGCCCCGCAGAAGAGGAGCAGAAGGAAGAAAGUUACCUCGGAAGGCGAUUAAACUGCAGCACCGCUGCGGAUUCAAUCGUUCUCGCGUCUACUUCCGCCUCUCAUGACUUCCACGUCUUCCAUCUUUCUAACACGUUGUAAACCGGCGUCAAGUGUUAUCCUUCAGA